UAACCUGGCCUCGCCCCGCCUUGGCCUCCGAAAGGUCAGAGUUCACGUCCAGCGGCCCCGUGGUGGAGGUGGUGGCGGCAGCAGGGGGCCAGGGUACCAGCCCCCGCGGCUGGAGGGGCCCGGCCUGGGGGACCUGAGUCGGAGAGCCCAUUUCAGGUACUGGGGGGCCAGCAGGCUGGUGGGCCAGUGUCUGCGCUGCGCCCCCACCCCGCUGCAGCGCAGCUCCUCCGAGAUUGGUCCCUGUACUUCUGCAGAGAGCGAGGUGGAUGGGGGGAGCCCAGGGGAGAGCAGUGAUGUGUCAGGCUUUGCUUGGCCCCUACCCACUUGCCAGACCUUUUUAAAGCUGGAGGGGGUGGGAUGGGAGAGACAGUGGACACAGGGGGUCUGGUGAGCAGUGGAGAAGCAGCGCCUCCCAGGGCCACCAUUGAGCUGCAGGGCCUGGCCUUCGGCUCAGUUCUCCAUUUUUUUCUGCUUUUCAUAUCAGCUGAGGUGCCUCUUUGUUCCUUGGUUUGUUGAGCAAUUGGGGGCAGAGGACAGAGCUUCUCUGAGAGCACACAGGCACAGAUGGAGCCUUAUUCUCCAGUUGAACGCAGUGUUUCUGUAGAUGAGGAAACCGAAGCCCCGGGACAUUCUCAGAGUGGGUAGCAGUGUGAUCUUGUGAUGGCCACACUGGGGCCUCAGGAGCACUUUCUAGGUCCUAGGCAUGUGGCAAGGUAACUUGGGCCUCAGUGUCAUGCCUCAGGAGGGCCAGGGUUCCGGUGGAAAGGCUCAUCCCAGAGUCUGGCUCCCUCGAGGCUGAGCCUGGCUUAAUGCGCUGAAUUUGAGCUGGUGGGGUCUGGGGAAGGCCCACCUACCUUUAUUGGAAGGAGGGGCCUGGGUCAGGUGUAUGUGGCCCCAGCAGACCUGGAAGGUGGCCUGAGGGUUGGCGGGGAGCUUAUCCCCACCAACCUCUGGAUCGUUUUGGAGAACCUGACCUGAUGCAGAAAGAGCACGGGGAUGGAUGGAGCAGUAGCGUGCGUGCGUGUGUGUGUAUGUGUGUGUGUGUGUGUGUGUGUGUGUGUACACGCGCACUAGUGCUUGUGCAUGUUUGUGUGUUCCUUUGUGAUCUUGUCAGGCCCCUCAAAUGAGGAAAUAAGAUGCUUGGAGCCAUGAAGAGAUUUUCCCAGAUCCUGCGCUGCCAGGGGCUAAGGGGGAUCAAACUAGCUCUCCUUGGAGCCUGUGUGGGCAGAGCUGGCCCCAGGCCGGUAGGGAGCCGCAAGGCAGGUUCUGCACCAUCUUCCUGGUGCACUCAGCCCCAAGGUCCUCUCCGGGGUCCCUGCCAGGUUCAGAAGCUGCUCCAUCUGAGAGGCGCCUCACCCUGUGUGUCUCAGCUGACAGGCAGGUGGGGAGACUGGGAAGUGAGUCUGCUGACCAGAGGCAGCCAAGCCCCCACCUCAGAGUGGGGUUGGGAUGAAGGAGUUUGGCCGGUGCUGCCCGACUCCAUCGAGAGGCGAGCCUGCUGAGGGUGAGGUGGGGCCCCCAGUCCUCCACUGACCCUGGCUGUGUGCGGACAUGUGCCCUGCAGGUUGUACUUCCCCCAGCUGGCCCUGAGGCGAAGGCUGGGACAGCUGAGCUGCAUGUCCAAACCCGCCCUGAAACUGCGCUCCUGGCCCCUGACGGUCCUCUACUACCUCCUGCCCCUUGGCGCCCUCAGGCCACUCAGCCGGGUGGGAUGGAGACCCGUGAGCAGGGUGGCCCUGUACAAGUCGGUGCCGACGCGCUUGCUAUCGCGGGCUUGGGGCCGCCUCAACCAAGUGGAGCUGCCGCACUGGUUGCGCAGGCCCGUCUACAGCCUGUACAUCUGGACUUUCGGGGUUAACAUGAAGGAGGCCGCCGUGGAGGACCUGCACCACUACCGCAACCUCAGCGAGUUCUUCCGGCGCAAGCUGAAGCCACAGGCCCGGCCAGUGUGCGACCUCCACAGUGUGAUCAGUCCAUCGGAUGGGAAGAUCCUCAACUUCGGGCAGGUGAAGAACUGCGAGGUGGAGCAGGUGAAGGGGGUCACCUACUCACUGGAGUCGUUCCUGGGCCCUCGCAUCCCCACUGAGGACCUGCCCUUCCCACCAGCCACCUCCUGUGGCUCCUUCAGGAGCCAGCUGGUCACCCGAGAAGGGAACGAGCUCUACCACUGCGUCAUCUACCUGGCCCCCGGGGACUACCACUGCUUCCAUUCCCCCACUGACUGGACUGUCUCCCACCGGCGCCACUUCCCAGGCUCCCUGAUGUCCGUGAACCCCGGCAUGGCCCGCUGGAUCAAAGAGCUCUUCUGCCACAAUGAGCGGGUAGUCCUGACUGGGGACUGGAAACACGGCUUCUUCUCACUGACGGCUGUUGGGGCCACCAACGUGGGCUCCAUCCGCAUCUACUUUGACCGGGACCUGCACACAAACAGCCCACGGUACAGCAAGGGCUCCUACAAUGACUUCAGCUUCGUGACGCACAUGAACAAGGAGGGCAUCCCCAUGCGCAAGGGCGAGCACCUGGGCGAGUUCAACCUGGGCUCCACCAUUGUGCUCAUCUUCGAGGCCCCCAAGGACUUCAACUUCAAGCUGAAAGCGGGACAGAAAAUCCGAUUCGGGGAGGCUCUGGGCUCUCUCUAGAGCCUCUUUCAUGGCCACAGCUGCUGAGGGGUCUUUUCCACAGAAAUGUGAGGGUCUUUUCAAGGGGAACCUCUGAGGCUAUCUAGGGAGGGGACCAUCGGGUCUGACCAGGCAGGACCUGGGUGACUUCUGUUCCAGGGUGCAGACAAGGUUGUCAGAGCCCCUCUCAUGUCCUAGACCUACAUCUUCCCCCUACCCACCUGAAGAGAAAGUGCAGGCCAGGACGAUUGAUUCCCUCUUGGAGAUUUUCUAACGUGUUGUAUAAACUGGAGAUUCUACAUGUCCUGGCUGAGCAUUCAGUUGUUCUGAUUUCCGUUUUAAGAUAAGUGGUAGUUAAAGUACCUUCUUGCUGCUCCUCCUAUCACUGCUUUUUGGCCUCCCUUGCAUGGGGCGAGGUGCCUCCUGGCACUGACUGUGGGUCCCAGACCAGGGCCUUUAAUGCAACUGCUCCCAACCUGCUUGUUGGGAAAAGCUGUCUUCUCUCUUUGCACUUAUGGCUGAAUGCAUCACCUCCGACUCUGCCAUCAACUUCCGAGGGUGCUCACUAAUGGUUCAGGGCGUUGCAGGCCCCGCUGAGUGACCUUCUGGAGCUGGCAGGUCCUCUUUCCAGUAGGCAGGACCCAUCACCAAAACCCUCAGUGGUGUCCAAAGCAAAAGGGGCAGGCAGCUAGCUGGUGGUGGCCCAGCUGGGGCCAGGGGAGAGCUUGGGUCCCCUCCCUGUAAUCCAGACCUACAGAAAAGUUGCUGCUAUUGAUCAGGGGCUUAUGUUGGAGGCAAAGGAACCUUGGUGGUGUAUUUGAUGUGUGGGGGAGGGGAGAAUGUCAGUGCCUAGAAAACCCGUCCCCAGGCAACAGGUACGCAGUCCUUGGGGAGCCACUGAUUGUGGGGACAGGGCCAGAUUUCAUGUUUCCUGGGGAUGCUGUGAAUUUCUCCUGCAGGAGAAGCCAUUUGAACUUUUUCAACUGUAUCAGUAGCACAGUAUUUUUGUAUGAAAAGUGGGAGACUUCUGAACAGUAAUUCAUUUAAUUGCAACAUUUUGAAAUAAAAAAACUCGCUGCA